GAUGUCCAAUGCAUAAACUCGUCCUUCAUCAACCCGCAGAACCAUAGACUUCAUUUCCCAUUCAGACCACAAAUCUCCUAAAUCAGCUCCGAUAACAAAAGAAUCAUGAAAUUAUAUUCAGGUCCGCGAAAGGACCUCAAAUAUUAAAAGGAAUCCGCCAAUGAAAUAGACUCCAAUAAACAAAUUAAUUAGAAAGGUAAUGUUUGAAUUCCAUGAAUCGAAGACAGUAAAAGCAGAAAAGAAGCCACAUACUCUAACGACUUAUUUACCAAGAGUUCAAGCAAAGACAAACAAAAUCCACCAUGGAGACUUGGUUGAGCACAAAUGAAGCACGAAUAAGCAAGGAAAGGAUGAGCAAUGGUGGGUGGGGAAAGAAGAAGAAAGAGAGAAUUGGUUCUCGUUCUGUAGAAAUGGUGGGUGGGGAAAAAGGUAAGUGAGGAAAGAGGGGGUAAGUGGGGAGAGGGAGAGAGAGAGACAGAGGCACACUUUCUUAGGAAAAAAAAUCGGGCAGAGUCUACAAACCGAACCGAAUCGGGAUAUAUUUCGAUUCAAACUCGGUUCACUCCUUGAGCUACUUCGGGGAUUCGGUAAAUGUCUGUUUGGUUCGGUUCAAACCAAACUGACCGAAUGCCCACCCCUACUAAAUAUCUUGAUUAAAAUACCUGAAAAUUUAUAUGCAGGAUUUGUUUAAAAUAACUUGUUUGGAUCAAGAAGUGGAAUUUUAACAUCUAACUCUAAAUUACAUUAUUAUCCUUGUCUCCUUCCCCAGUUCCUUGUUCGUCUGCUCAUUUUUUAUUUUCAUGCCCAAAUGAAGCAUCCUUUCCACUCAUCUGCUACUGUUCAUAUCUCGAUCUGCUUCAACCAAAUCAAGUCUUAUAAGAUGGGCAUGUUCUUCUGUGUUGCUGGGUUUAAACUCAGAACCCAUUCAACCAUUAUGAAAUUAACCACCACAAGCCAUCGCCGACACAAUCAAAGGCGGACAGAUCUUUAAUAGAAAGGGAAGCCGAUGAAGAUUGAAACCACAAGCCAACGCUGACACAAUCAACCUGUAGGGACUCAAACACCGACAAUAUGGAGGGCUGGGAGGGGAGUCGAGCGGAGAUUCGGGUUGUGAAUCAGGGAUUUUUGGGGUCGAUUUGAGAUGGGCGAAGGAGAACCAGUUCCCUUGAUCUAAAACCGAGCCUCCAUAUACAAAGAGAGACAAGUCAGAUGGUGGCGGGGCUUUCUCUACUGGCCGGGAACUGUGCUGGAUGAAGAGGCUUUUGUGGAUGGAGAUUUUCGGAGGGGCGAACAGAAUUAAUUGGUCGACGGUAGGGGUGUUCAAAUGGUUACCAUGGUUAUAACCAAACCAAAUAAUGCUAAAUUUCAUUAACCAUGGAAUACGAUAUCAUAACCAAACCGUCCAAACUAUUACAACAACCAAAUUAACCAAACUAAGGUUUAAUCGGUUUGGUUAAUUGGUUAACCAGAUUAAACAAUAUAAAAUCACAUUAUCAUUGACGAUGAAAAUUUUCCGAUUAAUGCAACAAUUCGCAAUUUAUAUAAUGAAUAAACCAUAACAAUCAACACGUAGUUAUAGUUGACCCUUAACAAAAAUACAUGCAACUAAGACAAUUAUCUUACGAUUAGUAUAGAAGUAUUGACCAAACAAAAAAUUAUGACAAUGGUAUGAGUUAACUAAUUGUUGUGUUUGUGAAUUGACUUAGUCUCUUAGCAAUUAUCAUAGGCUGGAAAUGACCUUCCUUUCAAGUUUUCAUUCAUCAUAAUGUAUGAAAUUUAUCUAAAUUAGGCGUUCAUAUGUUGUGGUCUAGACUUUACAUAUAUAAAUAUACACUAUAUGAGCAAUAUUGAGCUUUAUAUUUUAUGAGUCUAAAAGGGAUGAACGUUAACCCUUGAGUGGUUAUGCAAAGUAUUAUGUGUUUAUAAUAUAUGUUAGAUAUAUGACUAAUUACUUAACUGAUUAAUUUGGUUUGACUGGUUAGGAGUGUCUGAAACCAAACCAAACCACCUAAACCAAACAAGCUAACAACUUUAACCAAACCAAACCAAUUAUCCAAAUUAACCAAACCAAAUUAUCCAAAUAGUACCGGUUAAAAUGGUUACCACGGUAACCAAACCGUUUGAACACCCCUAGUCGACGGGGACUGGAUUUUGACGAUUUGGAAGGGACGGAGUGACAGAGAUGGGCGAGAAGGCAAGAGUUGGGUUAGGGAAGGGAUAAUUACGGAAAAGAAAUAAAAAUAAUGAUGAAUUGUGAAAUAGUUGAUGGUGAUUAGCUAUUUCAUAAACCCAUAUUUGAAGGUUUUUAAAAUCUCUAAUAGUAAAAAAACUCUCAUUUUUCCAAACGCAUGAUUGUUUUAAAAUCCUGCGGAAUUAAAGAUUGUUUUAAAAUCUCUCAUAAAUCCCUUAUUAAAAUCCUUUAUCCAAACGAGCCUUGAUGUACCGAGUACAGGAAAUGGCUUUGCUGGGGUUUUCGUUUUGGGAAUUACUAUUUAUCGCCCUAAAUAUUUGAAUUUAUCCGCCCUAAACUAACCACACGGACGAUUAUGCCCCGACUUAACCCUUCUGUCGUCUCUCUCCCCAUCGCACACACAGCGCCGCUGCUGCCCUCCACUCCAAACCACCGCCGUCGUCGCCCUAAAAACCAGCGCCACCGUCGCCCUCAAACCCGCGCCACCGUCGCCGAGAAUGAAGAAGAAGCCGCGCCGGUCGUCGUCGUCGCGCCCGAGGAAGAAGGUCGCAUCGAGGGAAGUAAUAUGCUUUGAUUUUUUGGUUAUUUGUUUAACGGUGACAACGCAGGUUAAAACCUAUCACCGACAGGGUAGAAACGUGUCGGAGAUCCGCCUCUACCCCGCCGACGAUGGGUUUUCAACCCGCGAUGUCGACGUAAGGAGUAGGGGAGGGGCACUUGAGGUCGGGGACGAAGCUGCAGACAUUCAUUGGUGGAAGCUUCCAAAACAGUGGACGAUGAAAAUGGUGAUUAUUGAAUGGUUGUGGAAUUAGUAAUUUUGUUAAUUAAUUUUCAGUCUUGUUGUUGAACUAGCCAAGCCUUUUAACAAAAAAAAAAAAAAAAAAAAAAAAAAACUAGCCAAGCCGAUGCUGCGGGAGGACAGAAGGCAGAGGGAAGAACGGAGACAUGGCGGCGUUGUUGCGAGAGGAAGGGCGCUCAGCGGGUGAAUUAUUAAUUAAAACGAGGACAUUUAAGUAAUAUUGGAUGUUUUAGGGCGGAUAAAUUCAAAUACUUAGGGCGUUAAAUAGGAAUUCAGUUCGUUUUUCAAUUUUUUGUACAACUGAACAAACGACACCGUUGCUUCUCGGCUUGAAAACCGAAUACAUCAGCUUCUGAAACUGCAAGCAAGUUCGAAGGGAAGCUGCCUGCGCGCUCUGUUCACUUCAAUGGCGGCGGCGCCAUUUUCUUCGUCUGCUCCUUCUCCUACUUCUUCUUCAAGACUUCCCAAUGUUUCGUCUUCGUCUUCACCCUCCCUUUCACUUUCGAGAGAUUCCCACAAAACUCGGCUGCAGGCCCAAUUUAAAUCGUCCCCGAGAAGAAAUCUUUGUGUCAGCGCAUCCUCCCUCCCUUCCAGCGAUUCUGUCGUCACUCUGCUCGAUUACGGAGCUGGCAAUGUCCGUAGUGUCAGAAACGCCAUUCGCCAUCUCGGUUUUCAGAUUAAAGAUGUGCAAACUCAAGCCGACAUUCUGAAUGCAGGCAGGCUCAUCUUCCCCGGUGUGGGGGCAUUUGCACCAGCCAUGGAUGUGCUUAAUAAGACUGGAAUGGCUGAAGCUCUAUGUGAGUACAUUGAGAAGGACCGUCCAUUUCUAGGAAUCUGCCUUGGACUUCAGUUACUCUUCGAGUCCAGCACAGAGAAUGGUCCAGUGACUGGUCUCGGCUUAAUCCCUGGUGUGGUUGGGAAGUUUGAUGCCUCAAAUGGGUUCAGAGUGCCCCACAUUGGUUGGGAUGCUUUGCAAAUUGCUGAAGACUCCGAGAUUCUGGAUGAAGUUGGCAACUGCCAUGUGUAUUUUGUUCACUCUUACCGGGCAAUGCCAUCGGAGGAGAAUAAAGAAUGGAUUUCCUCCACUUGUAAUUAUGGUGAUACGUUUAUUGCAUCCGUCAGAAAGGGAAACGUGCAUGCGGUUCAGUUCCAUCCAGAGAAGAGCGGAGAUGUUGGUCUUUCAGUAUUGAGAAGGUUCUUACUUCCGAAAUCAUUUCCGGCAAAGAAUCCAACUGAAGGGAGGGCAUCAAAACUUGCAAAAAGGGUAAUUGCUUGUCUUGACGUGAGGGCAAAUGACAAUGGAGACCUGGUUGUGACCAAAGGAGACCAGUAUGAUGUUCGAGAGAAUACAGAAGAGAAUGAGGUGAGAAACCUGGGCAAGCCAGUAGACCUUGCUGGGCAGUACUACCUAGAUGGGGCCGAUGAGGUUAGUUUUUUGAACAUCACUGGCUUCCGUGACUUCCCUUUAGGCGAUUUGCCGAUGCUUCAGGUCUUGAGGUACACUUCCGAAAAUGUUUUUGUACCAUUGACUGUUGGAGGUGGUAUUAGAGAUUUUACAGAUUCAACUGGCAGGUACUACUCUAGCUUGGAAGUUGCUUCAGAAUAUUUCAGGUCUGGAGCUGAUAAGAUUUCCAUUGGAAGUGAUGCUGUUUAUGCUGCAGAGGAAUAUUUGAGAACUAAAGUGAAGACUGGAAAGAGCAGCAUUGAACAGAUAUCGAGAGUUUAUGGAAAUCAGGCUGUGGUUGUUAGCAUUGAUCCUCGAAGAGUGUACCUUAGUAGUCCUAACGAUGUGGAGUUCAAGGCAAUAAAGUUAUCAAACCCAGGUCCAAAUGGAGAGGAAUAUGCCUGGUAUCAGUGCACGGUUAGUGGUGGUCGAGAAGGCCGGCCAAUUGGAGCUUAUGAACUUGCCAAAGCAGUUGAAGAGCUGGGCGCAGGGGAAAUACUUCUGAAUUGCAUCGAUUGCGAUGGUCAAGGAAAAGGCUUCGACAUAGAUCUGAUAAAGUUGAUAUCUGAUGCGGUUAGUAUUCCUGUGAUCGCCAGUAGUGGUGCAGGUGCUGCUGAACACUUCUCAGAGGUAUUCAAGAAAACCAGUGCAUCUGCUGCACUGGCUGCUGGUAUCUUCCACAGGAAAGAGGUGCCCAUAGGGUCUGUGAAAGAACACUUGUGGAAAGAUGGCAUUGAGGUCAGGAUCUGAUGUUCGAGGACUGCUUUCGCCGUUGGAGAUUUUUCAAUGCUCUCCAUACCAGUUCGCAGGCUGUUGGAGGCAGUUGCUUCUGUGGCAAGCAUUGUUUCUGAACUUUUAUUAGCAAAACUUCGGAAAAAGACUAUCACUCCGAGAUGGGUAUAGCUAUUGGACAUACUGCAGAGUAGUUUGCCAUCGUGUUUAAGGAAUGACAUACUUUCGUUUUCGCAAAGUAAAAUGGAUCAAGGGAACUGUUUGCUGCGUAAUGCCACUUGAUACUUGAAUGAUGAUUAGUUAAAUUAAAAGGAGUUGCUCAUAGUAUAAAGUUAUGGCUAAAUU